AUGAAGCUCGCAGCCAAAGCAUGUGUAUCGGAAUCCUUGCAGAUAUUGCUGGUGCUUUUGGUACAUGUGGUGUCCUCGAUCCCUUCAGGCUGCCCAGAGCGCUGUGUGUGUGAUGACCAGCAUGUUGUUCAGUGCGCUGAACAAGAUCUCCGCAGAUUCCCAACAGGACUCCCGCUGACCACCCGCCAGCUCAUCCUGUCCAACAACCGAAUCUCUGAUUUACCUGCGCUCAAGCUCAAUUUCCUGUCCGACCUCAUGUAUCUGGACUGCAGCAAUAAUUCUCUCACACACAUAUCUGAAUCCACAUUUGGGAACCUGAGAAAUUUGGCAUAUUUGGACUUGUCCUUCAAUUCCUUCUGUAAGAUUGAAGAGCAGACCUUCAGAGCACUGGAGAGCCUGGUGAUGUUGAGACUGACGGAUAACCUCAGGCUGUCAGAGUUUCACCCUCAGGCCUUCUCGCAUGCAAGUGCUCUUCAGGUGCUGGACAUCAGCAGGAACAAUCUGAGCAGACUAAAUGUGAGUUCCCUCAUGGCACUAGGCGGGCUCAGGUCUCUCGGACUGAGCGGGAACCCGUGGCUGUGUGCCUGUGACACGGAAGAGCUCUGCUUAUGGAUGCACACCGACACCUUUAAAUUUCAAGGAGAGGGACAGACAGUGUGUGAAAGUCCUUCUUACAUACGUGGACAGCGUCUCUCGGAAUUGGGCCUUUGGCUGAGAAAACAAUGCCAUCCAGGACUGGGUCACCAGGACUACCUGUUCUUUGUGGCCAUUGGUUUUGUCAUCUUUGGAGUAGGCACGGUACUGGCAUGGGUAGCCGGCAUGGUAAUAGUGUUCUGCCAACGUUGUGUCAGAUGGAGGAAGGCUAGACCAAAUGUUGAUGUGACUGAAGAGGAAAAUAAAAGUGGCUUAACAGGAAAAAGUGGUUGAGGGGACUUGAGAAAUACUUGAACUAGCAUAAACCUGACUCCAAUGAGUUCUGACUGGGAACUACGACAGAAUACGAGGUGACAAUUGUUUUGAUCAUGAUCAUGAGCCAGCUGAUAAUAGGCUGCAUGCCAAAGUUGAAAAAAUGUUGCCUCACAGGCAACAUAAGUAAAACAGGAAGGCAACAAGGCACAUCAGAAUCAUAGAUAUUGUAUCACAUUCUGUAUUGAGGGCAUAUUGUCACGUUUUGAGUUUGUCUUUUAAUCUGUUUCUCCAUCCUGUUCAUAUUUAAGUUUCUCUGUAAUUUUAGUGUCCUCAGUUCAGCUGUGUCUUGUUAAUUAGUCUUGUUUAGUCCUUUGUUCACCUUGUAUAUAAGCCCUCAGUUUCUAUCUAGUCGUUGUCUUGUGUUGAUGUUGUUUUAUGGCAUUUUUGGUUGUACUCUCUUGAUUGCAUUUUCAUUUUAUUAAAAGUGUUCCAAAGAAUCUCCUUUCGUAGCGCACAUCUUAAUAACAGCCAAACCCUGUCACAGUGCUGGGUAGUAACUGAUUAUAUGUUAUAUGGAUUACAUAAUCAGAUUCCAAAAAUGAAGUACUUGUAAUUAAAUUAUAUGUUUUAUAAUACUCAUAAUCAGGGUACAAAUACUAUUUUAUUGAUUACAUACUAUAUUACAUGCAUUACAUUACACAUGCAUGUAAUAUAUUAUUUAGGGAGAGCUGUCGAAUCACAUGCACAAACCAGUCACGAGACAAGA